GUCGCGCUGCGGUUAGGGCGUGGCGUCCGCCUCGGGCGCCUGAAGGAGACUUGGGGACUCUGGGGCUGCGCGGUCUGGGUGGUCGCGAGUCGCCGCCGCCUCCGCCGCCGCCGCCAGAGCCCGCACUCCAUGAGGAAGAUGCUCGCUGCGGUCUCCCGUGUGUUGUCAGGCGUAGCCCAGAAGACGGCAAGCAGAGUGCUGGUGGCAUCCCGUAAUUUUGCAAACGAUGCUACAUUUGAGAUCAAGAAAUGUGAUCUUCACCGGCUGGAAGAAGGCCCUCCUGUCACCACACUGCUCACCCGGGAGGAAGGGCUCAGAUACUACAGGAUGAUGCAGACAGUCCGCAGAAUGGAGCUGAAGGCAGAUCAGCUGUAUAAGCAGAAAAUUAUUCGUGGUUUCUGUCACUUGUGUGAUGGUCAGGAAGCUUGUUGUGUGGGCCUGGAGGCGGGCAUAAAUCCUACAGACCAUCUCAUCACAGCCUAUCGGGCUCAUGGCUUCACCUUUACUCGAGGGCUUUCUGUCCGAGAAAUUCUCACAGAGCUUACAGGACGAAGAGGAGGUUGUGCUAAAGGAAAAGGAGGUUCAAUGCAUAUGUAUGCCAAGAACUUUUACGGGGGCAAUGGCAUCGUCGGAGCUCAGGUGCCCCUGGGAGCUGGGAUUGCUCUGGCCUGUAAGUAUAAUGGAAAAGAUGAGGUCUGUUUGACUUUAUAUGGCGAUGGCGCUGCUAAUCAGGGUCAGAUAUUUGAAGCUUACAAUAUGGCAGCUUUGUGGAAAUUACCUUGUAUUUUCAUCUGUGAGAAUAAUCGCUAUGGGAUGGGGACAUCUGUUGAGAGAGCAGCAGCCAGCACCGAUUACUAUAAGAGAGGCGACUUUAUCCCUGGGCUGAGGGUAGAUGGAAUGGAUAUUCUGUGUGUCCGGGAGGCGACAAGAUUUGCAGCUGCCUAUUGUAGAUCUGGAAAGGGGCCCAUACUGAUGGAGCUACAGACUUACCGUUACCAUGGGCACAGCAUGAGUGAUCCUGGAGUCAGUUACCGUACCCGGGAAGAAAUUCAGGAAGUAAGAAGUAAGAGUGACCCCAUCAUGCUUCUGAAGGAUAGAAUGGUGAACAGCAAUCUUGCCAGUGUUGAAGAAUUAAAGGAAAUUGAUGUUGAAGUGAGGAAAGAGAUUGAGGAUGCCGCUCAGUUUGCCACAGCUGAUCCCGAACCACCUUUGGAAGAACUAGGCCAUCAUAUCUACUGCAGUGAUCCGCCUUUUGAAGUUCGGGGUACAAAUCAGUGGAUCAAGUUUAAGUCUGUCAGUUAAUGGGAACUCUGUGUUCUCAACUUGGUUGAGGAAAAACCCAUAAAAAGAAAGGAUGUCAGUUAAGAUAGUAAUUACAUGUAGUCGGUACAGUGUUGCAAUAAAAGAUGUUAUUGUUUAGUGUGAAUGUUACAGUAGGUCUGAAAUAGCUGAUACAGAACUUGCUUAACCUUCCUUAAGGUAAUACUUCUUAGGUACUAAAACUCCGCCACCUUUUUGUCAGGGGAAUCGUCUCUCUGGUGUAUUCCCAUUACCCUGACACACCCCCAAUUAGGGUGCAUGUUGGCGCUGAGCCUGUUCGUACUGACGGUCAUUGCUCCUUACAGCCAUAUUUAUUAUACCAGGCAGGGGUAGAAGGACAAUGCUGUUUCUAAGUUAAUCAUAUCAAAGCCCAAAUGACUUAGUUUUCUCCAUUUAUAUAUUCAAUAUAAAUAUGAAGCUAUUUUCUUAAGUUUUCUACUUACAUUCAUAUCAUCAAUCAUUAACUACAAGGCCUAUUCUUAUCUAAGUGCAAUGCCAGUUUAUGUAUGACCUAAACCAAUGAUUCCCAGCCUUUGUGAUAAACACCCCGUGGUGUUUCACUUUCCUAGCAACUGCUAUAAAGUGUACUGAUUUUUUCCACUGAAGUCUAUUUUAAAAUUCAUUUUGGAGACGUCUGUAAUAAUACUCAAAAUACUAGGGUUCACAAUAAUACAUACAAUUUUUACUCACUUUUGAAACAUGUUGAUAAAUAAUAGGUUAAAAAAAAAAGAACAAAAACAAAACCCAUCUUGGUAAUUCUUAAUUUGUUGAACAAUGGUGUCUUCCUGGUGUCAACACAGUGGCAUUUGUGGCAGCUUUUACAACAAAAAUGUUGGGUCUUUGCUCUGUAUCCCUGGCUUAGGGGGCCUGCUUGCAGGUUGCCAGGGACUUAGCCUGUCUUCUGUGCUGGGACACUGCAGUCCACAGCUGGCAGAGGAGCCCACCACUAUGGAACAAACAAGAGUUGGCUUUAGUAUAUAAUAAUUCUAGACUUGUCUGGAUUUGCCAAAAUGCAUUCCCUGACUUAAAAACUGAAAUAGAAGUAUGUUUUCUUCACAGAUUUGUGCCCCAGCAGGAAUGGGACAUGGGAAUAAGAAUGCGGGUUGCAAUUUACAGAAAGAAGAGAUUGGGUCCGUCAUACUGGCAUCUGUGUCUUUCCUCACUUCACUCCCAGCCAGGCAAGGAUGGCCAAAGAUUGAAGGGGGAGAGCUCUUCUGUUUCACCUCCUUACUUCUCUCCCUUUGCCUACUGGGCCUUUAGCUUCUGCCACCUCCUGGCUUUUUCCCAGCUUGAACCUGGGAAAACUCCAGAGUCGGGGGUGAGGUAGGGUAGUUUUAUUUUUGUUUUCUGACUAAGCCAUAGGAAAAGGAAUUAAUUUCAAUGAAGGGGGGAAGGUUACCAGCACUUUUUGUUUUCUGCUGCUUUACCUGAAAGCAUAACAUGUGAAAAAAGUAAUUUUCUACUACAUAAAGUGUUUUGAGGCUAUCUUACCGUAUUCUAAGGUAUCUUAGAUCUUUCUUAGUAACAUUGUUAAGAAUAUCAGAAAGUGUGUAACCCUCUCCAACAAUCUGAAACAAAAAUGCAUGAGUUAAUUAAGCAGCUUCAUAAUAAUAGCACAGGAAUGGUUUUUUUGGUUAUACAUUUAUUUACCUUUUGGAUUGUAGUCACAUCUGCUCCUUGCAGUCGCAACCAGUCUACAAGCUCUUCAUCUAUUUCCUGCCUAUUAGACCCAGGAGGUAACACUGGGUUCUUUGUGGUCUCUGUAAUGAUCAGUAAUUUGUUUCAUUGUAUGUUAAUGUUAACAAACAGUAACCUCUUUAGAAGUAACAAGUUGGAUGAAAUGAAGUAUUCCAGAAUGUAUUAAAUGUGACCUGAAAAAUAAUUAAA